AUGGAUGGUUGUAAAGCAAUGUCAACACCAAUGGGCUUCGGAACCUAUGUUGAUCAAGACGAAUCGGGUGUGUCAAUUGAUAUCACGGAGUAUCGAGGUAUAAUUGGUUCUUUAUUAUAUUUGAUGGAAAGUCGUCCUGACAUAAUGUUUAACGUGUGUUUAUGUGCUCUAUUCCAAGCAAAUCCAAAGGAGUCACAUCUCACGGCGGUCAAAAGAAUCAUGAAGUAUCUCAAGGGAACAACCAACGUUGGAUUAUGGUAUCUUAAAGGUAGUGUUUAUAAGUUAAUUGGUUAUUCUGACGCGGAUUAUGCAGGUUGUAAAACAGAUAGAAAAAGCACUAGUGGAACGUGUCACAUCCUUGGUAAUGCUCUAGUCUCAUGGUCCUGUAAGAAACAAGUGUGUGUUGCUCUUAGUACGGCUGAAGCAGAAUACAUAGCAGCGGACAGUUGCUGUGCACAGAAUCUUUGGCUAAAGCAACAAUUAAGUGACUAUGGAAUCGAUCUUGGAUGCAUACCACUCCGAUGCGACAACACAAGUGCGAUUAACGUGAGUUAUUGCAUUAUGUGUGUUAAGUUCUUAUUUCUUGUCUUUUCAAUCUAA